AAUAAAUGAAGACCAACCGAAAGCCGUCGGGAAACAUCAUGAGGAAGUAUUAUCAGUUAAUACUCGUCGUAGUAUGCUUCGUGAGCAUCGUAACGCUGUUAAUAUACCGCCACGAGUAUUACAGAUUGCGGUAUGUACUAGAAGUACUCAACUUUUUCGGCAAACCCGGCUUAUCUGAGAUAGAAUUUUGCGGCCCUGGUUUCAACGCUACAAUGCUAUCUGAAAUAUUAAGAAAUUCUUCGCUAGAAGUAAGGGAAACACCGCCGCUGUUUCAAGAAAUAGACGACAACUUCUACUCAUAUUCAUCAUUUUUACGGUCAUACCAAAAGUAUGAAAAACUAACGCAGUCCCCGGCCCAUAAUAUUGACACAAUUGUCAUAGGUAAAGCACAUGCUAGACCUGACUUCAGGUGUAAUAUAUGGUUAGAAAACGCGCCUACACCAAAGGCUGGAAGAUUCACAUAUAAAAUUAUGUCUGAACCUAUUAAUGAUUUUCGUUUGUAUGUUUUUCAAUGUGCUUUAAACAGAAACUUAGGCAAACCAAAAGGUGUUAGCUUCUAUUUAAACAAUUACAACAUCAAUCCAAUUCAUGCACCAAUUAACAAGGUCAUUCAAGUCAAUACAAAACGACGGCCUAGAGAAAGUAGCAGUAUAAAGUUUGUCAACUUUAUAGAACCGGCAAUCUGUGUGAUACCAAAUCAAAUACCACUUGUAUCGAGAGAUUCUUUUAUAGAGUUCUUAGUCUUUCAUCACAUGAUGGGUGUAAAUCAAUUUACUAUUUAUGAUAGUAUGAUAUCCGAAGACAUAAUAAGACGUUUAAAUUUAAUACCAACGGAUAUCACACAAUGGAACAUUCAGUUCUUUCCAUUAAAUUACCCAUUUAUAUUUGCAAAGUCUUAUGACAUUGUCCGUAGUGCUAUAGAGCUAGACUGCUUAUUUAGACACUUUAGGUUUGAUAAAGAAGACAACGAUAAAGCAAGUCAUGCUAUGAUACUGUCUUGGGAUGAAUUUUUAGUACCAAGAUUACAUAAUAACUUAAGAACUGUUAUUGAUGAUUUCGAUCCUAGAAGGAAUAUACGAACAAUAGAAGUAAAACCAUUAUUGUUUUGUCUAAAUCAAGCAGAUGAUGAUAAUUCUGAAAUGGGACAUCCAGAAAUCAUGAGAAAGACACACUAUUUUAUGCUAAAUCAAAAAUUGAAGUCUGUAUACAUAAGAAAUUUAGAUUCCAUGACAACUUUUGAUGACAUAUUUGAUAUUAAUGGUGGAAGUAGUGAUAUUGCACUUGAGGUACUAGGAGCGCACAAGUAUACAGAAUGUAGAGAUCCAAAGACCUAUUCGCCAUAUGGUUUGGGGUACAAUGAAACACAGAUGCAGGUGUUUCAACACAAGUUUGAAGGUGCUAUGUUGAAGUUUGAUCAGAGCUUAGUAAGCGACAAGGUUUAUAGACUGUACCGGUCAGGUAAAAUAUGGGAAAAAACGUCAAACGAAAAUGUGAGGGAUAUGUUAUGAAUUGAAUAUUAAUUGCAUUAAUUGGUUAGUGAUAAAUAAAUAUUUAUUGGAAUAUAAUUUUUAUGAGUUUGCAGGCAAUUGGGAUUGCAAAGAUUUGCCACAAGCAUACAAUUUUUUUCUUUGUAUCAAUGUGUAUGAUACUAUAGAAUACUGUAUCGGCCUAUAUUAUGUAUUAUGCCACUGCUGGGCACCGGUCUUCCUUAAAAUAUAGGUGUGGAUGAGGGUGAAGAAUAAGUAAUUAGUUUUAAUAUAAGCAAGUGUCAGCAGGACAAAUUUCUUUUUUGAGCACUUCUGAUUUCCUUAUUGGGUUGUUUUAUUAUUAAAAUUAUUUUAUUAUCGAUAAUGAUAUCAGUAUUUAACCACAUGUGUUACCCCUUUUGUUGAAUAUAAUAAAUUUUAGGUGUGCAAAAAUGGUUACAGAUAUAAUGUGCUGAUUCUGAAUAAUUUUUCACUAUUGUUGAUUCAAUCAAACUAAACUUAAGUUCAGUGCAACUGUCUUUCUUGUUAUCAAUUAAAGGACGACCUUUAUUUUGUUAUAAAUCAUCAUUAUACACACCAUCUAGGUUCGUUGAGUAAUCCAUGGAGUAAAUGUUAUGUCGCUUCCACAUUUAUACGAUGAACUGCUAUGUAGUAGAAUUCCCUGCCUACAGACUUGUUCCCUAAACAGCGGCCUUACCUUGAACUCUUAUUACAGUUUAGUAAUAAGAGUUCAACAACAAAGAAGGGAGAUGGUGAUAUAUCUCCAAGAAGUGCUGUCUCACAACGAUUCAUUUUAUAUCCUAAACUUUAAAUCAGGCAAAAUGGAGCUUAGAAGUUAAUUUCUUUUUAAUAAAAAAAAGAUUUUAGUUUUUAUUUUGUUUUUACGAUAUAUGAGACAGAUACACCGAAUUUAAAUUUAGUCUUGCGUUUGGACUGUACGUCCAAAACUGAAUACAAAAUGAAAAUAAGUAUAUUAUUAUUAGUGAAACAUUACAUCAGAAUAUAUUGAAGUUUUAUUAUAUUAACCUUUUAGUUUUAAGAUAAAUAAUGUUGCAUGUUAAUUAUGUUUUCUCGAAAAUGUAAUUCAACAAAAUAUGAGUUUGUAAUAAAACCUCCAGUGAAUUUUAGAAGAGGUGAUCCUACUUACCAAGACUUAUGUCAAGCAACAAAUAUUCUGCUGUUGCUUCGACGUCAGUGCGUUUGGUGGGGUAGUAUAUAGUGUGUAAUCUGCACAUCAUGUAGUAAAUAAUAUAAUAAGACAUGGAUAGUAACUGCAUACAAACGUAUGCAGCACAGCUUGUAUGUGUGUGCGCCCGCCGCGUGCCGUGUACGGACGCACACAUUUACAAAAUUUCGCGAUGCACUCGCGUAUGCAUAGCGCUGGUCAUCACACGCACUUUUCAUUAUUAUGCAAAUGUGUGCGUCGGGCGUGCACACAUACAAGUCACACUGCUACGUUUGUAGGGAGUUACCAUACUCGUCUUAUUAUACAUAACCAUUUCAUUAUACAGAAAGACUCUACCACUAAAGACGCAUUUAAGUCUUUAAAAGUUAAUCAUAUUAUUGUAUGAUUAGUGUAGGUGGAGUCUCUUGUGAAAAGUAAUAAAAAUUGCAUAGAGCGCUGCGAUGGAUGGAAUUUAGUAAAAUAUCAGAAAGUUGUGCCUUGUUAGGGGUGGUUAGAUAGAAAUUAUCUCCAGCAUUUAUAACCUAACAAUCCGCGCAGAUAGAGCGUAAAUAUAUGUGUGUACUAGAUAAUGUGUCUAUAAAAUAUAAUUGUUCGAUUUACGUCUUGCCAUUAUAUAGAUUGACUGAUAGAUCUAAAAACAUUGCCAUCUCCUUUAACUCUAAAUUAGUUUAAAAAACGCAUAGUUUAGCGUACGUAUUGGACGUAAUUCAGAAUCGAUAUACGACUCCAAAAGUCAUACUUAAAAUUGAAAAAUAUGACACAGAGAUUUUCAGCUCUAUCUGUUUGGAAUUAAUUUCCGUAUAAAAUGAGACUGCUUUAGUAAUUAUACUUACAAACUUAUUACCUCUGAUGAUCAGAUAAUGUGCUUGUUAUCUUAAGUCAAUCAAACCAACUUUAUUAUUAAGCAUGAAUAUGUAUAAUCGAGGUACUUCUGUCUAUGGGAUAAUUGCAUACUUUUCAUAGUAUUAUUUAAGAAAUUACUUUGAAACAUAUAAGGCCCGGAUUUCUUCUAAGGCUCAAUUUACUGUGCCGCGGAACGGAAUGGGAGGACGAAUUUUUGUAAUGAAAUUGUACGUAGUAUAAUUAUUAACUUUAUAUCAAAUGUGUAACGUAUAAACUAGAUAUGAUACCUUAGCUGCGAAACUCGGAAUAAUAAACUAGUGGAAGUGUGAAGUGGGCGUUCCUUUGUAGCUAUUGUUAUGAUAUAUCUAUCAUAACCAAACUUUGAUGUGCGUCAACGUUCUCUUGAGGCAAACGUGGGCUUCACUACGUAAACCAGAAAUAUUUUGAGCAAAUUAUGGUUUAUUAUUCUGUUUUGUGCUGUCGAAAUAAUAGCAAUAAUAAAAAUAUAUCUGGUGAAGGCGUUUCAUAUCAUCGGUAAGUGUUAUUUUCAUUAAAUAUUACUAAUUUUUUUUUUUCUGUAUACUACGGACUUCAUUUCGUGUGUUAAUUAUAUCCGAUCAAGAUAUUAUUAUUAUUAUUAAUUAUUUUUAGUAGUGUAAUGUAAGAUUAG